AUGGUACUAGUUAAGCGUUGCAUCUUGAACCCAUUUAAACUUUGUUGGGCACGUUUAAAGAAUUAUGUUCGGCAACAGAAUGUACAUUUCAAUCUGAAUGAUAUUCAACAACUUUGUAACGAAUGCUUAUCAGUAUGUGGUCUUGAACAUGCUGCUGGCUAUUUUGCACAUGUUGAUAAACAUGAAGAAAUAUGUAAAGCUGCAGAAAAAAAUGCUGAAGAAUUAGAAAAUGAUUUGAUCGAUAGUGACAAUAAUAUUGACCACAAUGCAUUAAAUAAUGAUGAUGAUGACGAUGAUGAUGAUAAUGAACGUGAUGAGUGA